UCCGAAAACUGCGCCGUUUCAUGCGUUCACGUGCACCUUCGUCUUUGUUUAGACUUUCAAUGGUAUAAAAUAACAUAAUAGAACGAAGGAAUUUUCAAGGAAGUAAUUCGUCGCUCCUCGCGUUUAUACGAGGUCGACUUGAAGCAAGUCUAGCAGACUACUUAGGUUUUAUUUUUUGUUUGCAUCGAGAUUGCGGGAAUUCAUACGGUUGCUGCAGGGCUCUUUUCAAAUACGUCCAGUUUUAUGUGGCGCAUUGUGGUUUAAUAGCAUAGCCAUAGUUUACCCUGGGACGGUUCCGAAUUCGCCAAAACAUUUAUAUAUGAAUAUAAUUUUUAUACCUUCACUGCUUCACAUAUUGUCAGUGAACCACGUCGGGACACGUCAUAUUUAACUGCUUUGAAGUACUGUAUUAAAAUAUUCAUAUAUAAAUAAGGAAAUAUACAUGACUCAUUAAACCUGAUCAACAAUAUGGCAGACACGACAACUCACGGACGUUUUGAAGAAAUAAGCGAAAAGGCGAGCGAAGAUGAGAAAUCCCUUCCGUUUAUGGACAAACUUCAAUUGUUAGACGAAGAAAUACGCCUGCUUCAGGAGUGUUGCCUCAAGCUUGGUCUGAACAGCAAGGAAAUCGAGUGCUGUGCCGAGCCACUUCUCAAGGAACAACGAACUGAGAACCGCAAGAAGUGGUGGACUAGGGUAUUCUAUAUAUCUUUCUUGGUUGCGUUUAUUGCAUUUAUUUUGUGGUAUGAACCAACAUACCGCUAUAUUUGUAUCUUUGGAAAGCUCUCGAGCAUGAAGGUAAAUUUAACCAGGAUUCAAUCUUUCAGAAAUAAUUAA